AUGGGAACCAUUAUUUCAAGAAAGAAAAGAAACGCUGUUAUAAAGAGCCAGUCAGUAGCUGUCAUUCCAGACAGGUCAGCUGAGGAGGAAGGCACACCCUUUAUGGGUAACCAAGCCACUAACCAGGAACCAGCUGCCACUCCAGGCAAAUCAUCUGAUGGGGAGGACACACCCCACAUGGCUAAGCAAGCCACCAAUCAGGGACUAACUGUAUGCAUUUCCCAUGACAACAUGAAUGAGUCCGAUACCGAAGAAGAAUCUGAAGCGAGAGAUGAAAGUGAUUCGGAAAAGUCUCACGAUGAAAGCAAUGAUGAUAAAAACCAGUCUGCGCAUGACUCAGCGAGAGAGCUUUCUGUCAGCUCCAAAUCAAGCGAUAGCGUCUCGACAGAGGCAAGUGCAUCUGAGAGGAGUAAAACAAGAUCGGCGUUGGAUGGGGUGUCAUCAAAUGAGGACUUUGCAAAGGCUUGGAAGGAAGCUUUAUUGGAAGAUCUGGAUAUAAACGUCUCAGACAAUGUCAGAAUUGUCAGGAUAUUUACAAGUUCGACAUUCACAGGUAAUGGGAGAGAAUUAUUGCAACGUAAUGUCACGAAUGACCCCCCUCCCCCCCCGCGCCGGGAGGGGCUUAAGCUUUCAUCCAUUUUAGAGGGGAAACCUUAUGAUUAUUGGAAAGCAAGGCUUGUUAGAGAGGGCGGCGGUAACACAGCCAAUAAAUUUGUCUCUUCGGUACGUAACAAGCAUAAUGUAAAAUAUUUCCCUUAAGAACAAUAAGAAAACUACAAAGCUAACCAAAAAAAUACAACCAAGGGACAAAGCGAACAGUGGUUUAUGUAUAUAACCAUAAAACGCACAUAAUAACUUUACCCGAAUAGUGUUGACUAAGAAGCCUAUGACCUAAACGAAUUGAGAGUAUACGAAGACUGUGUUAUUUUUAGACAGAAUAAUGUAGAGGUGGCCACAUUCGCAUGUCAUAGAUGUAUCGUCAGUGAUGUUUCAGUAUCAAUUGUUAAUUUGUAUGGUAAGCGUUGGUAAAUGACUGGGAGAGAUUUGAAAUUGGGCGUGGAACUUCACAGCAGACCUUUUUCUUAGUUAUCUGGGGUGUCAGGGGUCAUUUAUGCAAGAGGAAGUAGGAGUUAAGAUGUUGCGCGUGCUCGGAAAUACCUUUUCUUGUGCAUCGUUUCCCCCAAUCCUGCAAAAGUAAGGAGCUUUGAAAAUGUUGUGCAUCAAGCUUUCUCUUUGUGAUGGAUUAGUUAAUGAUCUUUUUUUGUCAUUCGUAGAUACCUUUGUGGAACGUAAUGCCCUUAUGGUGCGCGCCUACCCUCGACUCAAAUCCUUCUGUCAAGAGAGAGGCUAUGACUUCCAAGUGGUGGACAUGAGAUGGGGGGUCCGGGACGAGUCCACCGAUGAUCACAUGACCACUGAUCUCUGCAUGAGAGAGCUGCACGCAUGCCAGAAGCUAUCAACAGGACCAAACUUCAUCGUUAGUAGAAAACUCAGUUUUUGUUAAGCUUCCGUCGGAAUGUUCAUAUUUCUAGCUUCCUGCUUUCAUCCUCCCUGCAUGUACUUUCCCAGUUACAGAAAAGGGGCUGCCAUUUAAAAUGAAGGGGAUGAAAAAAAGCAGCUUUAAAGUACCUUUUCUAAAAAGGAUCGAGCCUCGCUUGGUAGCCUGAUCACAUCAUAAAACUUACAGAGCUUCACCCAAAAGUUGUAUCUGAGCUCUCAAAGGCAAAGGUAGACCCUCUAAGCACCAGCCUAAGCUUUUCCCCUUUAAAUAGACCUCCGCCAUUUAUAGAACGAAAUGCAGGCAAACAAGUGAAAAUCGUCCCCAACGGCUAUCCUCUCUUGCUAGCCACUUAUGUCUGCCUAAGCAAGGGAUUCACGCUAUGAGGGUGUACGCCUUGAGCAAUGUUGAAAGUUCAUCGUAGAACGAAAGUUCCCUUGGCUUGAUCAGCUUUUGUGGACCCUCUAGAGAUAAUGGUUGUAUACUGCUUAUAUUACAGACAUUUCUUGGACAAAAGUACGGCUAUCGCCCGUUUCCAGCUAAGAUUAGGUCAUCUGAGUGCGAGACGCUCCUUGCGGCAGUUGAGAAAGAGGACGAUCUUCAGCUCUUGAAACACUGGUUCUGGCGAGAUGACAACGCAGUUCCCGCUCAAUAUUUGCUUCAGCCAAUUACGUCAUUGCUGCCCGAUUAUCGCAAUUACGAAAACAAGGAGUUACGUAAGAAGGCGUCCUCUGAUUGGUGGGCUGCGUUUGAAAGAAUGCAAGUUGUUUUGAGGAUUGCCGCUGACAAGGUGCUAGACGAAGAAGAGCGACAUAAGUAUCAUAUGUCAGGUAAUGUAUCCACCUCGGCCAAGAACAAUCUAUUACUAUGACAGGUGUGGCUGCCUAUCAUGAUUUUGAUAGUUUCAUUUAGUGAGGGAUCACCUGUUUUGAUCAAACUAACACUUACAACAAAAGGAAGUUUAGGAACUAAUUUUAAAAUUCUUGGAUGACAUAUAGUUGAUUGGCUGACAUCGUUUGAGUCUAAUCAUGCUUUUGAAAGCCCAGAUCUUUCCUGACUGAGAACAAGGAAAAAGAAAGGUUUAAAAGGUUUAAAGGCUUGUUUAUAGUGGAAAGUACGAUUAGCUUAUCCAGCUAGUUUACAGGCAUUCCACUCAAAUAACUCUGAAACAAAUAAUCCAAAUAGAAACAUAACAGGAUUAAAAGCCCCAACGGGCACGAGGCAACCAGUUGGCUAUUUACAAGCGAGGCCGAAGAUUUGAACUCUGGACGACAGAGAACAAAUCUAGCAAGUGGCCAGAGCGGGACUCGAACCCGAGACCGCGGGAUUGCGAGUCUGACGCGCUGACCACUUGGCCACGCUGCCUCCUAUAAAAUAAGAGUGGAUGAUUUCUAAAAUGAAACCUUUUUUCAGUCUUGCCUAUUUAAUUCAGUGAUAUGUCGACAUUCACAUUCUUUCGUUAUCAUUUUGAUUGUUCCGUUUAGUGACAGAAGACGAAAUUCGCCGUGGCAUCAUUACAGUAUCGACUCCGGAGAAGCACUGUUUUUGGUUCAAAAGGGUGAUCACAGAUCUCAUCAAAAUGCUGACGAGCGCAACGCAGCUAAAUUCGUGGACAAGACUUACGGAGCAGAGCACUCAGUUAUCGAUGAGUCUGCACGGGGCCUGUUAGCACGUUUGAGAGAAAUUGAGCUGCCAGCUGCUCUCGCAGAAAAAAACGUGCUCGAAUACAAGGUCAAGUGGACAAGUGAAGGAAUAAGUCCAGAUACAUCUGAUGAGCAUGCUAAGUAUAUUGGCAAGCUUUGUACAGACGUCUACAAUGUUUUGAGCAGUAUGAUUCAAGAGGCCAUUUCAGAGAAAGAAACCAAUGAAGAGAAAAAUCCAGUAACUGAAGAAGUAUUACAACAUGCACUAUUUUGCCAAAGAAAAGGCUUAGCUUGUCAAGGACGAGACAGUUUUCUUUCUUUAGUAAAGAGAUCCCUGCUUGAAAAUGACAGUAAGCGUGUGAGUGUGCUCCAUGGAGAAUCCGGCUGCGGUAAGACAUCCAUUAUGGCCAAGAUAGCUGUAGAUAUCAGGAAAUGGCUGGAACCAGAGUCAGCUAUUGUGGUGCUGAGAUUCAUUGGCACAUCUCCCGAAUCAUCCAACAUCAGAAUGCUGUUGAGGAGUAUUAGCCAGCAACUGUAUAUGAUCACCGGAAAUGAGAUCACAGAAAUUCCCGAGGCAAGUUGGUACAUAAAAAUAAUUGAUUUAUGAAUCUAUGACUUACAUAAUGUCAGAUGGAUUGUUCGGAGUACCUCUCUAUUUUGGAUUUCGGCCUCUUAGAGCAAUUUUCUGUAGUUUGGCAGACAAUCAUCCGAUAUCAAACUUGUCUUUUGUUCCUUUGCUAUAUAAAGUAAUGUAUCGAAAUCCUUGUAGGAUCCACUGGAGCUGUAUGAGUUUUUUCCAAAGUGCUUAGACGAAGCCUGCAAUUCUCGUCCCGUGGUAGUGAUGCUUGAUUCUUUAGACCAACUCCCUGCUGGUGAAGGAGGAAGGCGCUUAGAUUGGUUGCCUAGGAAACUACCUGACAAUUGCUACUUUGUUUUGUCGACUCUACCCGGCUCCGACUACGAGUGUCUACCCUUGUUGAAGGUAAUAAAUAACUCUAAUUAGAUAUUAUAGGAAAGAUGAACUAACACAAUCCAGUCCUUUAUUCGUUAAGAAAAAGCACCUUUUUUUCAAUGCGGAAAAAGCAUUUGGACAAGCAAACUUAACUUCUUUCUAUUUGUUCCUGACUGGCAUAAUUUAGGCUCCUUUCUUUUCUUAACGAUGUGGUCGUAGAGGAAACUUGUUAUACAGCCGCUAAAUGGGCACAACAGAACCAGAUAAAUGCUAAUAAAAAUGUCCCCUUACUUUGUCUUUACAACAGGAACUCUAUCCCGACUCGUCCUUCUUAGAAGUGCCAACGAUUCCAACAAAUGAAGCUGACACAAUUUUAAAGAGCUGGUUAUCUUCGUCGCAGCGCUCACUAACAACUGAUCAGAAACAUAUGGUUUUAGAUGCCUUUGAAAAAUGCCCACUUCCUCUGUUUUUGAAGCUGUCUUUUGACGAAGCUUGUCGCUGGAAGUCGUAUACCUCAACAAGUGAAACAAAAUUAGCACCCAGCGUAAAAGACAUCAUUAACGAUUUUCUGGAUCAAGUCGAGCGUCGGCAUGGGAAGAUUUUGGUCAACCAAGCGCUGGCUUAUGUUACUGCAUCCAAAAAUGGCCUGACCGAACCUGAAUUAGAGGAUAUCCUCUCCCUGGACGAUGAGGUCCUUAAUGAUGUAUAUCAGUACUGGACACCCCCAGUUCGAAGACUACCACCACUUCUUUGGAUUCGUGUCCGAUCCGACCUUGGGGACUACCUCAUUGAAAGGGGAGCAGAUGACGCUCGUGUGAUCUACUGGUACCAUCGGCAGUUCAUCGAAGUAGCAACCACCCGAUACUUAAAGGCAAGAAAAGAAGUUCAUACCAAGCUUGCUGAUUUCUUUACAGGAAUGUGGUCCGAUGGUGCAGCAAAACCUUUUGCUGACAAGAACGGAGAAACAGUGCUAAAAGAUCGGUUAGUGGCCAGACAACCCUUAAUGUUUCACAACGAGAAAGAAAACAAGGCAGUUUAUAACUUGCGAAAGCUCAGUGAGCUUCCAUAUCAUCUGUUGCACGCAGGCAAUCUGAAGAGACUCAAAGAAGAGACACUCUGCAAUUUUGAAUUCCUCUUGGCCAAGCUACGAGCAACAUCCUUGGAAACUGUACUUGAUGACUUUACAGCAUCUUUGGUGUUAUAUCCAGAAGAUGAAGAUCUCGUCACAUUGGAGAAAACCCUACAGUUGUCAUCCUUCGCUUUGAAAGGAGACGCCAAUCAACUAGCCCCACAACUUCUUGGAAGGUUGAUGGUAGGCUUUGAUUUAGUCAAAUUCAGCGGCAUCCACAUCCUGCUUCAACAGGCUUAUUCCUCCUCAGUGCCCUGUCUCAUACCAAACGAUAAAUGCUUGACAUCACCUGGAGGAUCCUUGAUUUCGUCAAUAAAGAUACCUGGCGAGCCUACCACUCAGUGCUGUGGUUUCAGUUGCGAUGGAGAAACGGCGUACAUUGUCUCCUCGUUCUCAGAGUCUCUUCAGUUGUUGAUUAUCAACUUGUUGAACGGCAAAACUCUGCAAAGAGUAACUAUACCAGAGUCCCAAGGCGGUGGCUUGGUGUGGAGUAUCCAGGGAAGCCAAAUUACGCCAGACCUUCUCCUUUUAGCAGGUUCCGCUGACAUACUUCUAAUGAAAGCAUCCAAUGGUCAAAUAGUGCAGAAAUUCGCCGCCCUUGAUGAAGAAAGCCAAUACUCUCCGAUGCCACCAGUUGCCUUCGCAGACAAUGAAACGCGGAUUGUCGCUAUAACAGAUAAGAACCUUAAGAUAUGGACAGUUAAGGAUGGCCGUCUUCUGCACCAAAUUGACAUAGGCAAAAUAUCAACCGAUGAGGAGUAUGGUUCCUUGGGAACAUCAGGAUACUUAGCAGCAUUCUGUGUCCAUGUGUCAGGGAGCUUCAAGGUCCUCGACUGCAGAACGGGCAAGAUGCUUAGAGAAGUCAACGUAUUCAGUGAAGCUGAUAAAUGUUUCAUUGCCGAGGUCAAAGUUACCUCUAAGGAACAAGUUGUCGUGACUUCUUCAGAGAAAAAUAAUCUUCGUUUGUACGAUCUUCAUUCUGGAGAUUUAAUCAGAGAGGUGCCGCAGUUUAGAAUUAACUCUGGCCUUCUUCGUCUUCAAAUCACAAAAGACGGAGCAAAAGCAGUGGGUAUUUAUGAUUACGAGAUUCUGAUUACAAACCUUGAGGAUGGAACAGUUAAUAAAACCUUGAAAAGCGAAUCGUUCGGGACACUGAUAAUUCAUCAAAAUUUCUACACCAGAGAUGGAAAAUAUGGUAUUUCAGUUGCUCAUGAUGAAGUAAUUCGCAUCUAUGACCUAGAAAAAGCUGUUAAGGAGAACAAAAAGGCCGUUCAAACAGGAUCUAAGAAUCAUAAGGCGGUGUCUUCAGUUGAUUCAAUUACAUAUCUCACACGUGAUGACUGUUCUGACAGAUACGUUAUUGCCAUUGCGACUGUCAAUGACACCAACGAAAUUCUCAUUUGGGACACUUUCGAAGGUGCAAAAGCGCGGACACUCAAGAUGACCAAAGAUUUGCCACUCAGCACAAUUCGAAUGCACGCAACAACCCGUGCGGUUGGUUAUAUCCACGACAAAGAUUUCCUUCACUUCCAAGUAUUUGACCUUCACGCCGGGACAAUUGAAAGACUCUUGCAGGGUAAGGCACCCAAAAGGACGGAAGCUUUUGGGUUCAUUGAUGACAGCCACAUCAUCACAUUUUCUCGCGGGAGACGAAACCUUAAAGUAUGGAAUAUAAAUGAUGGCAAGCUAGUCAGCCAAUACAAGAUUGGACAGAAGUUUCGAUUUGAAGACAUGCUAGUCAGCAGGAAUGGUAACGCAGUUGUCUGCAGUCAAGUGGGUCAGACGGUUGAACAUGAUGAAAGCACUGUGCCGCUGGUUUUCUUGAACCCGAAGACGGGAGAGCAGAAGUUCUUAGAAGAGAAAGGCACCCAAUUGUUGCUCUGGAAUGGAUGCGUUUCGGAUGAGGGACGCUAUCUCGUUUGCUUGACCAAGGAAUACAGUGCACAGCUUUGGGACUUGACGAAUGGGCGAAUGAUGUAUAGGCUCAGUGUUGAUGAAGCAAACACCCAUGUCAUUGCCACGGCAAUAUCAACGGUCCGUAGUGUGCUUCUUACCGGCGAGGGCGAUGGAGGUAUCAACGUUUGGGACAUUACCAGUGGCCAUGUUCAGUACACUUUCUUUUGCGACGACGUCGAUUCCUUGUUUAUUACAAAAGACGGACGAGUGGCAUUUUCUAACUAUCGUUCUAACAAUCGCAACAUUGAUGCUUGGGACUUAAGCAAUGGUUCAAAGUUAGCUUCCUUCACCUCAGACUGGAAACCUGAACGAAUUGUGAUAUGCGGCAGCCGCCUUGUAGUUGCGAAAGCGGACAAGCCAGAAUUAAUGUCGCUACGCCCACACAUUCCCGGAUAUACAGAAGAUGUCGCAAAUGAGGAUGGUCAUUUCAUGGAUUGUCCCUUGGAAAGUAAGAUGCAGCCCCAUUUGGAGAUUGCAAGUGGUGAAGAUGAAGAUGAAGAUGAAGAUGACGACUUUGAUCAAACUGACAUUCAGAAAACAGAGCUAACUAAGAAGGCGGUGUAUGCAAGCCCGAAUGUUAUAAUCGGAGGGGGUAGUUCAGUAUUUGCGUCGAAGAAUAUUUUCAUUUCUGGUAACGUCACAAUUAAUGGCAUUCCAAUACAAGAUUUGUAG